UAUCAAUCAUACGCUUCUUGCAAACAUGGCACCCUCCGUUUCCGUUUCGAUUUCCAUUUGCAUUAAUGUGGUAGUAGUAGCAUGGGCUACCUGUAUCUUGUUUGUAGCAGCAUGUGAUUUGUCAUCACUAGAACCACAGGCGAAGGCUCUGCAGGAGACUGGGUGGUGGGGUACUGCCCAUAACAAUUCCUCAAGUCGUUGCAAUUGGUACGGUGUUACUUGGUAUGCUGAUCAUGGAUACGUGACAGUCAUAGAGAUUGACUUGACUAAUGUCUCUUUGGGAACAAACUUGAAACUCAACUUCUCUUCUUUGCCAAAUUUAGCCCGUCUGGAUCUUCGUGGAACAGCACUUCAAGGAAGCAUUCCACCUGAGAUAGCAACUUUAUCUGAACUCACCUACCUUGAUCUCUCCAACAAUAAUUUUCAAGGAAGCAUCCCACUUGAGAUAGGUAUGUUAUCUAAACUAACCUACCUUAAUCUGUCCAACAACAAUCUUCAAGAGGGAAGCAUUCCACCUGAGAUAGCAACUUUAUCUGAACUCACCUACCUUGAUCUCUCCAACAAUAAUCUUGGAAGCAUCUGUUGGCCAUUUGAGAUAGAUUGGUAUGUUAUCUAA